AUGUGUUACGUGGGUAAGGCAACCAAGAUCUUCAUCUUCAUUGUCACCGUCCUCGUCGUUCUCGGUCUUGUUUUGGGAUUUGGCCUUCUUCGCCGUGCCCACCUCAAAAAUGUCAAGUGCUCCGGCGAUUCCUGCUUUUCUCCCCCUGCCACCACCUUCCCCGCCCCCAAUUUUGCCUCUCCCACUCCCAACUUUGGCUUUACCCCCGCUCCUCCCACCCCUCCGAGUCCGAUUCCGCCUUAUUCGAACCCUAGCCCGCCUCCUCCGUCGGCACCGAUGAUGAAUCCAAGCCCACCUGCGCCACCGGCACCGAUUACGGAUCCUAGUCCGCCUCCGCCUGACUCUAACCCCACUCCACCUCCAGCGCCUUUAUUGCAGUCGCCGCCUCCGCCGUCGCCUUCGUCUCCGAGCGCAGCGGCUCCUCCUUUGAACCCGACCAGCUCGAUGCAAAUAGUCAAGGGUCCUGCUCAUGCCUAG